AUGGCGAACAGCUACUGCAUCUUGCGAUAUAAGAAUAGCACUGCUUCAACGGAGGAUACUGAUAUCACCUGCUUUCCUAUGAAUGCGACGGAGACUGGCACGGCAUCUAAUUGCAAUUGCUUCACUUCCGUUGACCUGUCUGACUCUGGCGACUACACUUGCGAUGACAUCGUUUACGAUUAA